UUUAAAUAAGUAGCAUGCACACUUGUAACAAGUAAAAUUGUUGUCCAACUAUUAAUAUUUAUUCAUCAGGUUAUUAGAUCGAUUUAGACUCGCUGUAUUGUAGUGGAACUGUAGUUAAAGGACGUUUCUUGUCUAACACGGAAGGAAUAAACGGCGUACCAACGUGUUUCCCACAACUUUACUGUUUGACCCCCACAGGGCCAAAGUAUGAGCUUUUCAACCUGAAAGAGAGAUGCUGUCUGUUAUACUUGGAAGAAGCAUCUUUGCAGCCCAGAAAGUGUGGCAUUGGGCAGGUCCUCCACAAAGAUGCUGGACAUCAGCCCUGACUAGAGCUUCUGAUGGGGGAUCCAGCUCCCUGCAGACCUUCUGGGCCUCAACAGAUGAUGGACGACUAAAACCUCCUCCUGUACUCGGUUUCAGGAGGACUAAGCUCUUCCAGAAGAUCCAAACUCACGCAGCCCAAUUUUUAGUGAGGAACCAACAUUUCCACUCUUCUGCUGUGAGACUGAAGAAGCGACCACAGCUUGAACCUCCCCCCAGAGAGCUGGAUCUGCUGCGCUAUGACAUGAAAGACUUGUGGAAAAGUCCCAAACCUGCCCUGUACCUGGGGUUUGCAGGGCUGAUCCCCUUUGUCACCCCCACUCUGCUUAUGGCUGUGACUGAAAGCUACUUUUCAGAGUUGGCCUAUGCUCAGUUAGCUUAUGGUGCUUCCAUUGUUUCCUUCCUGGGUGGAGCUCGCUGGGGAUUCGCUCUUCCUGAGAGCAGCCCAGCCAAACCUGACUGGAUAAACCUGGCCAACAGUGUGCUUCCCCCACUGUUAGCUUGGGUGGCCAUGGUUAUGAGCGACAACAUUAUUCCUGCGUCCACCAUGGUUAUCAUGGCACUUGGAAUCUCGCUGCAUUAUGAUCUGUCUCUGCUACCCACGUACCCCAGCUGGUUCAAAGCCCUGCGCUCCAUCCUGACCACUGUGGCAUUUUUUUCUCUUGUUGGUACACUCAUAAUUAAUGGAAUAUACCCAGAAAAGAAGCUAUUUUCAGAUUAAAUAGUAUUAAAAAAUCUAUUGAACCAUAAAGCCUCCAUGUUUUUAUUUUAGUGAUCAUAUAAGUUAUUUCUUAUUAAUGUGAGUCUUAUGAAUAUCAUCUGUCUUUAUGGCAGGCCUACCUGGUCAUGUACUGUGUGGGUAUUUUAUUUAUUUAUUUUUACUAAAACUCAUCAAUCUGUAAAAGCAGAAUAGAAUUAACAUCUAAUGUACAUUCAUCUUUCAUAAAUAGGGUGUAAUGAAAUUAUAGUCCUGUUUCCAUAGAAGGCCGUACAGUAUGUAUUUGUUUUUUCUUUAAAGCCUUUGUAGAAGUUGUGUAUGUUAGUGUGUCCCAUCUUUCAAAUUGUUAAACAGUUCUUGUCGGUGACUUCUUUGAUUCGACCACUAGCAGUCGCCAAGAUCAGAAAUGUUCAUAUACUGAAAAUGGAAGUUCUUGCUCAAUAUCAAAUAAAUGCACUUUUUCAUUCAA